AUGUUUGCUAUCAAGCCAAGAUUUUUUGACGACUUGGACGUUGUCUUCUUUGAUCACCUUCGACCAAGUAUGUCUAGCACGACUCUGCCUGCUGCUAGCACAUCAGCUUUACUAAGGAGGAGGAGGAACGAGUCCGAGGUUCAUAAUACUGAUAGAGAAUUUCGUAUCCGGCUAGAACUUUAUGAAUAUAAACCUGAAGAAAUAAGAAUAACAGCGGACAAAAAACAUGUCACAGUUACAGCCAAACAUGAAGAGAGGGAAGCUAGUCAUGGCUUUGUGUCACGGAAGAUCACUCGCAGAUACAAGCUACCAGAUAAUGUUGACCCACAGUCUUUGAAGUCCAGUAUGAAUUCGCAGGGAGUUCUGUGUAUUAGGGGCCAAAAGAAAGAGGAGACUUGUAGAGAAGUUCCAAUCACGGUGGAGUACAAGAGCUCCAGAGAUUGGUGA